AUGCAUAUCACGACGGAGGGGCAGAUUUGGCUCACAACCGAGGAUCCAGAAGACUUGGCCAAAAAAUAUAGCGAAUAUGCCCAUGGGGACACCCGAAAGGAGAGGAGGAUUGUCCUAGAUAAGGCGACUCUCGGUCAGGCGAAAGCAGCAGUACAGCGCGACGAACAGCUUAUUGUCUUCGUCUUUGGCCAUGGCGAUCAAGACACGCAUGGAAUUCGACUUGGCCGAUUCAGGACUACUUCAAACAAGACUCCCUUGCUGCUCAUGAGAGAUUUUGCCCGUGCUGUUCCAAAAGAAGCAAAGGUGACUUUGUUCACAACGGCAUUCUACUCCGGAGGUUGGCUUGUACAGCCAAACACUAACAAGGCCAAAUUUCUUAAUGUGACUGGCAUCACUGGCUCGGCGGUUGACGAAGAAGGGGAUGAUAAAAUGGAGGUUCUUACCCAUCCGACUUACAUUGGAUUAGCAUCCUCUAUCUUUGAAAAGAUCUCGACUAUUUACUCGCUAGCUUCCGAACAGAGGAUCCACUUCUCAGCCCAAGAUGAUGAGUGGGAGACACACUUUGGGAAACGCACCGGCUUUCAGUUAAAUCAUUUUAAGGAAGGAUGGGAGUCGCUGCGCUCCAUUCCACCAAGUGGUACCAAAAGCCCUGAGUUGGAUUCUAGCGGAGACACUACAUCUAGAACCGCAUCUAUUGACCGAGAGUUGACGCAUAGAGCCGUUGAGUAUCUUUCCUCAAAACCGGAGCAGACAAUAUUAGAUGCCGAUGAUUAUAUCCAGGUCAUGGGUAUCGAGGCCCAGAGUAUCAAGGAAUUUGAGAUCGACCAAUGGAAAGCCGAUCCGCAGACAAGGACGACAAGAAAUAAGAUAAUUAGGCAGAUUCUACAAGCUCGACUCUUUGACCCCCCGCUCGACAGUAUAGGAUUAUAUUAUUCAAAGCCUACUGUCUAUCUCGCUAUUAUCCUUGCUGAGACCUGUAAGAGCAGUGAGGAAAUAGCGGAUAAGAUAUCACUGGCCUUAGAAGCUAAGUCACUAAGGAUGGAGAAUAUUGUUGCUCAACUUCCUGCGGAGCAGAUUGUUAAUGAUGCGCAGGUUGCUGAAGACAGUAAAUCUUUUUUCCAGGAGAUGAAAAAGUUGGGCCAUAAAGUACGACUGAAGACUUUUUAA